CCUUAUUCACUUGCCAUAAACCAAGAAAUCGACACUCAAACUUCGUCGUAAUCCUUGCAUACACUGUUAAGGAAAUUGCCUAUUCUACUUAGGAAUAAUGCCGGCGUACCAUUCUACGUUGACUGAUUACACACAAACAAUUGGUAAUCUAGCCGUGUUACCACUCCGGACGACGGCCCGCGGCCCCGCCCCAACCAACCCGAAGCUAGAACUCGAUAUCAUUGAUGAAGCAUUAAAUUAUUUCAAAGCAAAUGUGUUCUUUAGGUUUUAUGAGAUAAAGUCUGAUGCAGACCGAGUACUAAUUUACCUCACCCUGUACAUCUCGGAAUGUCUGAAGCGUUUGCAGAAGUGUUCCAAUAAGAACCAAGGGCAACAAGAGAUGUAUAUGUUGGCCAUUUCAAAGUUUGACAUACCUGGGGAAUAUGGCUUCCCUCUAAAUUCUGUCUAUGCUAAACCAUCUAGUCCUCAGGAGGGUGAUUUGAUGAGGCAGUACAUACAGCAAUUAAGACAUGAGACUGGCACCAGAGUUUGUGAAAAGGUUUUUGCAACAGAAGAUGGUAAGCCAAGCAAAUGGUGGCUAUGCUUCGCUAAAAGGAAAUUCAUGGACAAGUCUCUUUCAGGGCCUGGCCAAUAAAAGAAAGCCAAAGUUUAAAAAAAAGGCAUUUAUUUACUCUACAUUAUUGUUAACGGUUCUUAUGUA